UGAUCAUUUUUGAGAAAGCUAUGGCGGAUAAAAUUAAAUCGUUCUUUCAGAAGAGAAUUAGGGAUAAAAAAUUUAAGCACGCGGGCAAAGGAUACAAAUUGAACGAGUCGGCACCUUCCACAUCUGCAUUGUACGAAGUGGAUGAUAUACCGACGAGGCACGAGCCGACCGAUGAUGCUAAAGUCGCUGGUCAAGCUGCUUUAGCUAGAAUAGAAGCAAAAGCAAAAGACGAUUCAAAAUUUAACACAUCGUACGCAUCUAUACAAGCUCGUGUUAAACGAGAAAUACAACAAGAGAAACAACGUCUCGCUAAGGAUAUUGCGGAUAAAGAGGCAAACAUUGCUAACAAAGCGAAUGAGAUUAACGAAUCCAGAGUUGAAACUUCUGUACUUGCUGUGACUGGCGUUUAUUAUCGAUGUCCGUUAAUAUCCGAAGAAAUCUUAAAUAAAGAAACAUGGUAUGAAAGAAUUGAAGAAUUUCUUAGUACCCAACUGAUGGAGAGUGAAGUAGGAUUAUCCGCAUGCUUAGUUAUCCAUAGUUGUAAUUAUGGGACAGAACGCAUAAAUUAUUGCGUUGAAACUCUUUGUAAGUACUUAGAUAACAUUAUAAAUAAUCCUAAAGAAGAAAAGUACUGGAAAAUUCGCCUAUCUAAUAAAAUAUUUCAGGAAAGAGUUAAAAAAUUGAAAGGAUCGAUGGAAUUAUUAAAAGCAGCUGGAUUUAUUCAAGAGAAAUUAAUGAAUCAAGAGACGGAAGAAGAUUUUCUUAUAUGGAGUCCAGAAAGAUCGAGUAUUGAUAAUCUUAAAACAUUAGUCGAUGCUCUAAAUUCUACUGAACCCGUAGAACUUUUACUCGAUAGAAAUGUACAUGUAUUAUUACCAAGUCAAGCAGCGGAAAGAACCGAGUUACCUGCAGAGUUUUAUUUACUCUCCGUGCAAGAUUUAAAACGUGAACAAUCUAAUCUAACAAAAUCCUUGGAAUUAAAUCAAAUGCUGUUAACAUCGGCUAUGAGGGAAAAACUUAUGGAUAGACCAAAAAAAAUAUACCAAUUUACUAUAAUAAGGAUAAAGUUUCCAGAUAAUAUAACAUUACAGGGUACAUUCGAAGUAAAAGAAAAGUUACGUGAACUAGUAGAAUUUGUUAAAGAACAUUUGGCGAAUGAAAAUUUUCUAUUUAAUUUAAUAACUGAUACGAGAGAAACACUAGGCGAGGCAGACUAUGAUAAGACAUUAGAGACACUAAAUUUAGUUCCAGCUGUCGUUCUUACAUUUCUCAAUAAAUCUAAUCCAGAUUCCGGAGUUCCACCUUAUUUCUUGAAAAAAGAAACACUCAGUCUUUUGCAGUCGUAAAUAUAAAUAUUAUCGCUGGCGAUUUUUUAAUACAAAUUUCCCUAUCGAUGUAAAAGUUGGGCUGUUGACAGUAAAACUUUUUCAGAUAUUUGUUUUUACUAUUAGCCUUUGUUUAAAAUUCACUUCCGGCAGUAAUUUCAUGUCGCAAAUUUAUUAAACAAUUUCUACCACUUAAUCUUCAAAUAAAAUACAAAAAAAUUUUUUCGAAACCUUCUUUAUUAAAUGAAAGGUUGCCAAUCUGGGAUAAGUAAUAUGGAGAAAUUAAUAAACAUUGGCUUUAUAAACUAAGAUA